AUGGUUUGGCAAUCACUCUUGCAACAUCCAGCCAAUUUCUACUUUCGACUCGGAGCUCUCAACGCUGCCAUUGCAGUAUGCACAGGAGCCUUCGGAGGUCAUGGAUUGAAACGAAUUGCUUCUCCUGAAAAGAUUGAUGUCUGGAAGACAGCUGUUCAGUAUCAUCUGAUUCAUAGCUUAGCUUUGCUGGCAGUAAGCCAACUCAAGACUCGCCAUCAUCUUGUUGGUGGUUUGUUUACUGCCGGAAUUGUGAUAUUUAGUGGAAGUUUAUAUGCAUUGGUAUUAACAGAUCAUAAGAAAUUGGGAGCCAUCACACCUAUUGGUGGAUUUUCAUUUAUCUUUGGAUGGCUUGCAAUGGCUAUCACUGGCUUGUAA